AUGACAUGUCCUUGGCUUUAUGGCCAAAGAUUGGAUCCUAAUCUUUCAAUAAGUCUCACAUCCCAUUCUGUCAUCUCUGGUGAAGAUGCUGUUCGUCCAAGUUUCGUUCCCAAGUUCUCACUUCCCUUUGCCUUUGAAGUUUGCGCUUCCGUUGUUGUUGAUGAGGACGUCGAUGUUGAGGAUACUAUUCCGGAAAAUGGUGUGAGCGCUUGGCAAGAUGAAUUACGAACCCAAUGGUUCCUCGUCUUCAUCAUUGUCCUUGCCACGGACCAUCUUAUCGGCCGGGUCGUCCUCAUGGACAUGUUGGCCAUUGGCAGCUUGAUGGUUUUCUCCUUUGUGUUGAACUAG